GUAGAAACCAGACCACCACGUGCUUUGGUAUUUCUUGCUCCUCCUUCCCCUUUAGCUCCGGAGGAUGUUUCAUUGCAAUUCACAGUACUUUUCCUUUGAGGAUGUGCGGUCCCUUUAACGUCUUGAGUGACGUACGAGUAGCCCCGCCCAUCUCCCCUCCCCACAGCUCUGUUCCAAGCCCCACCCACUGCUUUUGCCCUGCGCCAAUUAACGCACUUCUGCGGGUGGGGAAGCUGGCCCCUCCUUACCUGGCAACUGGUCCACUUGCUCCCGGGCAGAUUUUCCGUUCAGUUCGUCGUGGUCCCCUCACGGCCCUCUAAGCAGUUGCCCCGCGGAAGUAGCCAAGUGUUCCGCCCCCUGGUUGCCAUAACAGCAGUACGCGACGCCUCCUUGCGCCUUUCUCGUCUUUCAAAGCAGUCCUUCCUGGUCGGGGCCAAGACCCUCUCCGGAACCUCAUCUUUAGUCGAGCAGAACCAGGGAGGAGCACUGAGCUUGAUUUGACUCCGGAGCCUUCAGCCAGGAAGAAAGAUGUCAGAUGAAGAUGAUCUGGAAGACUUCGAUGCAGACCAGGAUGAUCUGGAAAAGGAAGAGGAUGAGAGGGAGACAGAGGAGUGGGAGGACUACAGGAAGGAGGGAGAAGACCUCUCUGAGGAAUGGUUGCCCACCCCCCUCACGGAGGACAUGAUGAAGGAAGGGCUUUCUUUGCUCUGCAAGACGGGCAAUGGACUGGCUCAUGCUUAUGUCAAGCUGGAGGUUAAAGAGAGGGAUCUGACAGAUAUCUACUUGUUGAGUUCCUACAUCCAUCUGCGCUAUGUGGAUGUUUCUGAGAACCACCUGACAGAUUUGUCCCCACUGAAUUUCCUUACACACCUGCUCUGGCUCAAGGCUGAUGGCAACCAUCUGCGGAGUGCCCGGCUGAAUGAACUGCCCUACCUGCAGGUUGCCAGUUUUGCCUAUAACCAGAUCACUGACACAGAGGGCAUCUCUCACCCUCGUCUGGGCAGCCUGGAUCUCAAAGGUAACCGCAUCCGCAUGGUGACAGGUCUGGACCCCCAAAAGCUGAUCAGCCUGCACACCUUGGAGCUUCGGGGGAACCAGAUAGAAACCACCCUGGGAAUCAACCUUCCUAAACUGAAGAACCUCUUCUUGGCCCAGAACAUGCUGAAGAAGGUGGAGGGCUUGGAGAACCUAAGCAAUCUCACUACCUUGCAUCUUCGAGACAACCAGAUUGAGACUCUGAGUGGCUUCUCCAAGGAAAUGACAUCGUUACAGUAUCUCAACCUGAGGGGCAACAUGGUGACCCGCCUGGGAGAGCUGGCCAAGCUUCGGGACCUGCCCAAGCUGCGAGCCUUGGUGCUGUUGGACAACCCGUGUACAGAUGAGAGUGACUAUCGCCAGGAGGCCCUGGUGCAGAUAGCACACCUCGAACGCCUGGAUAAAGAUUUCUACGAGGAGGAGGAGCGGGCUGAGGCUGAUGAGAUCCGUCAGAGGAUGAAGGAGACCCAGGAGCAGGAGGCUGAGCCUGAGCACAGCUUCGAACUGGAGCAGUCUUCCAUGUAGCAGCAGCUCUUUUAGCCUCCAAGAAUAGAGAUCAAAGACACUGGCCCUAAGACCCGAGAAGACUCCCAGUUAGGGGGGCUGCCACGUUCACCCCCCUCAUCCUGAGACAGAGCAUGCCCUCUCUUGCCUCACACCUGGGAAUUCAUCACAGCUUGCUGUCCAGGCUCUGGGUGGGCACCUGGGCAGCGUCCGGGUGGGCCUGAGCCCUGCCUGGAACGUGUGUGUGUGUGUGUGUGUGUGU